CUUUUUGAUAGUCUAUCAUAAAAAAUGUAUAACUGACGGAUAUAUAAGGAGAAAGGCAGGCCUGAUCGUCACAUCGACAACAGUGUGGAAGAUACUAGAACACAGAACUCUUCAAAGAAAAAAUGAAAGCAAUAUUUGUGGUUGCACUUACCGCUCUUUUGGUGGCGUUUGCUUCAACUACUCCACCACCUGAAUGUCCCAAUGAGGAAGAAGAAGAUGUUGCUCUGUUUCCAAAUCCAGACGACUGCUCAACCUAUUACUCCUGCAUUAGAGAGACACCGGUGUUAAUGCAAUGCAACGAAGGACUUGAAUUUAACCCAGAAUUAAGAGUAUGCGAUUGGCCAAAGAAAAAUGCAAGCUGCAAACACCGUCCUUCGAGACCACCACAUUCAACACAUAGUCCCACAACCAAACUACCAGUAACCAGUACCCCGGAAGAUAGCACCCCGUUAUCAACAGUAUAAAUUCAGUGACACCAACCUGAAUAAUAUGCAACCAUAAUUUCUUCGAAUAGUACAGCAUGUUGAAUAUGAAAAUUUUAAAACACAAUAAUGUAAAGAAUAUAAUGUAGAUUGCUAAUAUAGAAAUUAUAGGCAAUAAAAAAGCAUAAAAAUUAACAAAUA